AUGCUAGGCCGUACCAUUCUCUCGAGGGCUCUAUUAUUGAGAACCUUAAAAAAUGCGUCUAAUAUUAAACAAGCUACAAGAAAUGGAAGCCAUGGGGUUUGGACAUACCGAGUACCACCACCCAUGCCGUCAAAAAGGGUAACCUAUUUGGCUCAAGUUCUCGGGGGACUUUGUUGGUGGUGGAUUCUUUACCAUAUUGCUACAGAACCAGAACACAUCUAUGGUGAAUGGCCAUAUGUUGAUCCAAGCACCUGGAGUGAUGAAGAACUUGGUAUCCCACCAGAUUCGGCUGGUCCAUUGAAAAAU